AUGAAAGCAAACCAAAUAGCUUUUGUCUUUGCUUCUCUCGUCCGUCUCCGUUCUCUCCCUUUUCCUCUUUUUUGUGUAUUAAGAGAGCAGCUGAUUAUAAAGAGAGACAGUUUGUCUCCUGCAGCAACCAUCCACCAGCGCCAGCAGCAGCAGCAGCAGCAGCAGCAGCAGCAGAUAGACAGCAAGCUGCUUGCUGCUCUUGCUGCUGCUCUCUGUCGCCUCGUGGGGGCCCUCAACCCCAAGGGGCUAGCUGUAGCAGCAAACGCGCUGCAUAGGCUGCAGGUAAAGAACCAGUUCGUGCUGCAGCUUGUUGCUGCUGCAGCACAGCGCAUGCUGCUGCAGCAGCAGCAGCAGCAGAAACAGAAACACAAGUAUAAACACCAGCAGCAGCAGCAGCAGCAGCAACAGCAGCAACGCAUGCAACCAAGAGACCUUGCCAUGCUGCUGCAUGCUGCUGUUGCUGCAGAAGCUGCUUCUCCUGCUUUUGUUAAAGCUGCAGCAGCAGCAGCAGCAAAACGCAUGCAGACAUACGACCUGCAGGCCCUGUGUCUCCUUGUUGCUGCUCUAACCAAGCACUUCCGUCAGCAGCAGCAGCAGCAGCAGCAGCAGCUGCUGCUGCAGCAGCAGCAGCAGCAGCAGCAGUACAAACAAAAGCAACGCUACCGCCACCGCCAGCAGCAGCAGGAGGAGGAGCAGGAUGAGGAAGAGGACGAGGAGCAGCAAGUGCAACAGCAGCAGCAGCAGCAGCAGCAGCAGCAGCAGCAGCAGGAGAAAGGUAUAACAAAAGAGGAGCUGUAUAGAGUGCUAGAAGCAGCAGGAGACAGAGCAGGCAAGCUAGCAGCAGAACUCAGUCCCCUCGCUGUCUGCUGUCUCCUCAACUCUUUUGCUGCUGUCGGCUUCCGCUUCGGCCCCCUUCUCUUUCACGUACCCAGGCAUGUGGCUCACUGCUGCGAGCCUGCAGCAGCAGCAGCAGCAGCAGCAGCAGCAGCACCAGCAGCAGCAGCAGGAGGGGGAGGGGGAGGAGGAACAGCAACAGCAGCAGGAAUAACUGCAGCAGAAACAACAGAAACAGGAACAGGAGGAGAAGCAGCAGCAGCAGCAGCAGCAACAGAAACAGCAGGAGCAACAGCAGCAGGAGCAGCAGCAGCAGCACCUGCUGCAGCAGCGCAUGCAGAGCGUUAUACAGCGUGCAUGCUGGCUGUCAUCCUGCGGGCGUACAGACGGCUACAGGUGGAUGCCUCGGCCUUGCUGCCGUAUGCGUUUGCUGCUCUUCCUCAGCUGCAGCAGCAGCAGCAGCAGCAGCAGCAGCAGCAGCAGCGACAGCAGCGAGGUUCAGCAGACCCUGGGGCAGCGGAUGAACAGUGCUGCAGCCAACAGCUUUGUUGA